GCAAUCUUUAAAGACGCUUUAAAGUACUUCCGCUCAGUUUUGCCCUUUAACCUCAUCUCGUCAGCGGAAGUACACAUACACAGAAGUUCAAUACACGGAGGCUGAGUGAGCGACAUCUGUACAGUACAAGAUGGACACGCUAAUAUUGGAGCCCUCUCUGUACACUGUCAAAGCUGUUCUGAUCAUGGACAAUGAUGGAGAGAGACUGUAUGCGAAGUAUUAUGAUGACACGUAUCCCACAGUGAAAGAGCAGAAAGCCUUUGAGAAGAACAUCUUCAACAAGACACACAGAACAGACAGUGAAAUCGCAUUGCUGGAGGGUCUAACGGUUGUGUACAAGAGCAAUAUUGAUUUAUAUUUUUAUGUCAUCGGCAGCUCCCAUGAAAACGAGUUGAUGCUCAUGUCAGUGUUGAAUUGUCUCUUUGAUUCCCUGAGCCAAAUGUUGAGGAAAAAUGUGGAAAAGAGAGCCCUGCUUGAAAAUAUGGAGGGUCUUUUCCUGGCUGUUGAUGAGAUUGUUGAUGGAGGUGUGAUCCUGGAGAGCGACCCACAGCAGGUGGUUCACCGUGUCGCUCUGAGGGGCGAUGACGUGCCUCUGACAGAACAGACAGUCACUCAGGUGCUACAGUCAGCUAAGGAGCAGAUCAAAUGGUCUCUACUCCGAUAGGACACUUUUGGUCCCGUUCCAGAACUGAGACGAGGAGAACAAAUACAAUUCUACCACUUUUCCUCACUACUGUCCUAUCCGCCUUUUUUCCCUUGAGUAUUUUCUUGACUGUUAAAGUGAAUAUCCACUGAAAAAGACUUCUAGUGUUUCUCUCACUCGAAGAUAAGACAAAGAACAGGAGCAUUUCUAAAGAAUGUCAAGGCAGGAGGAAGAAGCUGGAACAUUGUCUUGGCGGGACUUUCUUUUUAGGGAAAAGUACCAGGGCGUGUUUUUUAUUUUUAUUUUUUUUAUUCCAUUCCAGUAAGCUCUUGAAUAUAUGGCUGGUUUUGUGAAUGAUAUCACUGUUGUACUGUGAGAUUUUCAUUAGGAUUCAUGUACAUUCCAGUGGUUGAUCUUGUUCUCUGUUCUUCCCUCUGACCCUUGUUUUGAUUGAAGUAAAGAAACAGUUUCAUUCUA